UUUUUUCUUGAUUCCCGUCAAUUAAAGCCUGUCGCCUUUGGAAUCCCAACAUGACCUGAGACGUUUAGUCACUCUUAAUCUGAUCGAUUCUUCCAUACAUACCCAAAUUGGAAGGCCUGUCUACCCUGUCCGCUGUUCGCCACCUUGGUUCUCAGCCCUCACGCCCACCCAGACCAUGAGCAAUAUAAAGCUGUCGGUCGGUACGCUCGGCCCAUCAUCGCGGUCUCUACCCACCGAUACCAGGAAGCCAAUCGUUAUUGGGAUUGCGUCAAUGUUCAUAUGCCUCGUCACCUUCUUUAUGGCCGUUCGAGUCUACAUCAGAGGUUAUGCCCUGAGAGCAUGGGGCCUAGAUGAUUCGAUGUAUAUGUGGUCUUGCGUAAGUACACAAGCCUCGCGCCUGAUUUUUAUUAUGGACGAUCAUGCACUGAUGAAAAAGAAGGUCCUCGUCAUUGCUUUGUGUGCAACGGCAAUAUGCAAUUUUCUUCCACUAGAUGCUUUAUACGGAUCGCUUGGUGAACAUGCGUGGAAUACCACACUUACCCAGUUCAAAAUCAAUAAUCAAGAGUUCCAGUUUUUGGUCGCCUUCGUUCUUAUGUAUCAAGUAACCUUUACUUGCGUCAAAGUGACAUUCCUCUUGCAGUACCGUCGGGCCUUUGCCUUGCCUUACAUGAAGCGCUUUUGCGAAAUAUUCUUGGGGUUUGUAUUUUUGACCCUGAUCGCAACGCUGAUUAGUGGCGGCAUGGUCUUAAGAGUGCUUCUGCAACCUGUAUAUUCGCCAGGCGGAGAAGGUUCGAGUUUCCUGACUUACGGUUACAUUAACGCUGCUAUUAAUCUUGUGACGAAUGUCACAAUCUUCAUCCUGCCCUUGACGUUAGUAUCUCGGUUAAAUGUUGGAACGACGCAAAAGAUCGGCUUAAUAAUGGGCUUUGGGGUCGGUAUUUUCACCAGCGUCAUCUCAAUCUUGAGAAUUGCCAGCCUACGUUUGGGCCUUGACGCCGUCGAUAUCAACUACCAAAGUGUUCCACUGGCUUUGUUGAGUCUGGCCGAACCAGCGUCUGCGAUUAUCUGCGCUUGCGUGCCACUUCUCCGACCACUCUUGGUUCAGGCGAGGAUGGCUCGAUUAGGGAACAACAGCUCACGCAGACCCCUUUCAGGAUUGACCAACGAUGUGGGUGGUCGAAGGGACGUAGCAACCAGCAUGCCUCCGCCAUCGCCAACAAGUCCGACAACACCACAGAUGGCUGACAUCCGCGAUGUUUGCGGGAAUAUCCAUGGAGAUAUGGAAGGAUAUCUGUCGGAACAUUAGCUGUCCGGCCGCCGGCCGGAUGACUCGUGUGCCCGAAAGGCUACAUAUCGGCCUCUAACGGCC